AUGAAAGAAACUUAUUCGGGUAUUUUGAAAUCUAGAACGGAUCUGGAGACGAUGAGCAUUGAUGGGACUUCUACUGCUCAAGCAGUGACGUUUAUAACUUUGGUUCAAGAGUUGAAGAGGAAGAGUAAAGUUUGGGGACCGGAAAUGGAAUUGUUUUUGUUAGGUCAGAAAACUUUGGAAAGACAGAGGUUCACUUUUGGAACGGAAUGGUUGUACGUUGAUCAAGUACAAGGAGAGUGGAGCGCUUUUACGGAUAUUUUGAAGAGGAAGGAUGAUGCCAUUCAGGAACAGAUAGCUGGAUUACAAUUGAAGAUCGUCGCGGAGGACAAAGUGGUCGAUGGACGUAUUCGCGAGUUCACGUCGGAAUGGGAAACACUCAAGCCUCUUCAAGGGAGUAUCAAAGCCGAUGUAGCUAUCAACACUCUUAACGUUUUCGAAGGUCGUCUCACUCGUUUGCUCGAAGAAUAUGAUCUCGUUUGUCGUGCUAAAGAAGCACUCAAUCUCGAACACACGAAGGAUGAUCGUCUCGAACCCGUCACCGAAGAACUAAGAGAUCUGAAAGGUGUAUGGACGGCUUUAUCUGGUAUAUGGGGAAGAAUCGGUCAACUUAGAGAGAUGCUCUGGUCAGCAGUCCAGCCGAGGAAGUUGAGACAAGAGCUUGAUGCCAUUCUUUCAUCCACUCGUGAGAUGCCUUCAAGGAUGCGGCAAUAUGCGGCUUUUGAGUAUGUUCAAGAAACCAUCAGGGGUCUCUUGAAGAGCAAUGUACUCAUUUCCGAGAUGAAAAGCGAGGCCCUCAGAGAAAGACAUUGGUCUAAGCUGUACAAAGCUUUGAGGAUGUCAGGGGCAUCACAAUCAUCUACGAUGACACUCGGUCAAGUGUACGACCUUGACCUGCGCAAGAACGAACAGUUGAUCAAGGAAGUUGUCAUGCAAGCCCAGGGCGAGAUGGCGUUAGAAGAAUUCCUCAAACAAGUUAGGGAAACUUGGACGUCCUAUGCUCUCGACCUCAUCAACUAUCAGAACAAAUGUCGUUUGAUCCGUGGCUGGGACGAUCUGUUCAACAAAUGUGGUGAACACCUCAAUUCUCUCAAUGCCAUGAAGCUUUCACCUUACUAUCGAGUAUUCGAAGAAGAGGCUGCAUCAUGGGAAGAAAAGCUCAAUCGCGUGCAUGUGCUUUUUGACGUAUGGAUCGAUGUACAACGACAAUGGGUUUACCUGGAGGGUAUCUUCACAGGUAGCGCCGACAUCAAACACCUUCUUCCUGUCGAAAGUGCCCGAUUCCAGAAUAUCAACUCCGAGUUCCUCACUGUCAUGAAAAAAGUCAACAAAUCGCCUUUCGUAUUGGAGAUACUCAAUAUUCCUGGAAUUCAGAAAAGUCUCGAACGUCUGGCUGAUCUUCUGACAAAGAUCCAGAAGGCUCUCGGGGAGUAUCUGGAGAAAGAACGAUCAUCAUUCCCUCGAUUCUAUUUUGUCGGUGAUGAAGACCUUCUGGAAAUUAUCGGGAAUAGCAAAGACAUUCGAAGAGUCAUGAAACAUCUUAAAAAAAUGUUUGCAGGUAUAUCCACACUUCAACUCGAUGAAGAUGAGACAAUGCUUCUUGGUUUUGCCUCCAGAGAAGGAGAAGAAGUUUCAUUCCGUUCGCCUAUCAUGCUGAAAGAUUUCCCCAAGAUCAAUGAUUGGCUCGCUCGUGUCGAAUCGGAAAUGCGACAUUCAUUAGCGGAAUCACUCUUCCGUGCAGUGACAGAACUUCGAACCUUAUUCGCCAUCGACAGUGAGCUCUCUUUACCUGGUCUCAUGACUUGGAUCGAUUCGUACCCUGCUCAACUUGUCGUACUUGCUGUACAAGUAGCUUGGACGGAAUUGACAGAGAAUGCUUUGGAAUCAAACUCUCUUACGAAUGUUCUCACCUUGGUCGCUAAAACACUCGACCUUUUGGCCGAUACUGUUCUCCAAGACAUUGCUGUUCUUCAAAGACGUAAAUGUGAACACCUCAUCACUGAACUAGUUCAUCAAAGAGAUGUCAUCAGAGGUUUGAUAAGUAACGGUAUCCGAUCUUCCUCAAGCUUUGACUGGUUAUAUUACAUGCGUUUCUAUCUUAUCGACACUAUAGAAGAUCCUUUACUCCGUCUUGAAGUUCGAACAGCCGAUGCGAUAUUCCCAUAUGGAUACGAAUACCUAGGAAUUCCCGAUAGACUCGUUCAAACCCCACUUACAGAUCGAUGUUAUCUCACUCUCACUCAAGCGCUCGACAAUCAACUGGGUGGAUCUCCUUUCGGACCAGCAGGAACAGGCAAGACUGAAUCCGUCAAAUCACUCGGUGUACAAUUAGGUAGAUUCGUCCUUGUUUUCUGUUGUGAUGAAACGUUCGAUUUCCAAGCCAUGGGUAGAAUCUUUGUGGGUCUAUGUCAAGUAGGUGCUUGGGGAUGUUUCGACGAAUUCAAUCGAUUAGAAGAACGUAUUUUAUCUGCUGUUUCUCAACAAGUACAAAGUAUUCAACAAGGAUUAGCAGAAAUAACUUUUAAUCCUGAUGCUGAAGUUGAACUUGUCGGUAAGAAAUUAAAAGUCAACCCACGAACAGGUAUCUUUAUCACUAUGAAUCCAGGAUAUGCCGGUAGAUCAAAUUUACCUGAUAAUUUGAAGAAAUUAUUCAGAAGCAUGUCCAUGACUCGACCGGAUCAAGAACUUAUCGCACAAGUUUUAUUAUUUUCCAAAGGUUUCAGAACCGCAGAAAUCCUAGCUAGUAAAGUCGUACCUUUCUUUAAUCUCUGUGCGGAACAAUUAUCUAAUCAACCUCAUUACGAUUUUGGUUUAAGAGCUCUCAAAGCGGUACUUUCAAGUGCUGGGAUUUUGAAAAGAGAUAGGUAUCUUAAAUCUGUUGAUGGUGAGUUGGAAGUAGAAGGGGAUGAUGUGGUUGAACAACAAAUUAUGAUACAAAGUGUUACAGAGACUAUUGUUCCUAAGUUAGUUGCGGAUGACGUACCUUUGUUGAAAGGACUACUGCAAGAUGUUUUCCCUGGCAUCGCUUACGUUCCUGUGGAUCUCGAAGCCUUACGAACCAAGAUCGCUGAAGUAUGCGCUGAACGUCAUUUAGUCCCAGGUGAAGCAUGGGUAGACAAAGUGGUACAACUUUAUCAAAUUCAAAAUAUCUCCCACGGUCUCAUGAUGGUAGGACCAUCUGGUACGGGUAAAACACAAGCUUGGCAAGUCCUUCUGGCCGCUUUGGAAAGAGUGGAUGGUGUGGAAGGUACAUCAUAUUCUAUAGAUCCAAAAGCUAUCGAUAAAGAAUCUCUUUAUGGUACUCUUGAUCCCACAACACGGGAAUGGAACGAUGGAUUGUUCACUCAUAUUCUACGUAAGAUUGUCGAUAAUGUCAGAGGAGAAACUACUCGACGUCAUUGGAUCAUUUUCGAUGGUGAUGUUGAUCCUGAAUGGGUUGAGAAUCUCAACAGUGUGUUGGAUGACAAUAAAUUGCUCACCCUUCCCAACGGUGAACGACUCAACCUCCCUCCCAAUGUUAGGGUCAUGUUUGAAGUUGAACAUCUCAGAUUCGCCACCUUGGCCACCGUCAGUCGAUGUGGUAUGAUUUGGUUCAGCGAGGACGUGAUAAGUACUUCUAUGAUCUGUCAAAACCAAUUGCGACUCCUCAGUACCGUCCCCAUAGGUGGAGACGACGAAGAAAUUGCCGAUUUUGGAACGUCAUCUUCGUCAUCGUCUGGUCGAUUGGAAGCUCAGAAACAAAUGGUCUCCAUGUUACAAAAACAGUUCGGAGAAGGUGGUAUUAUCAUGUCCGCCUUGGACUUUGCAUCUACCAGUCAACAUAUCAUGGACUUUACUCCCAUUCGUGCACUUAACACCCUAUUUUCGCUGUUGAAAGCCACCAUGCGAAAUGUGCUCGAAUACAACGCUCGACAUGCCGAUUUCCCUCUUUCACCAGAGAAAGUCGAAUCGUAUAUCACUCGAAGACUUCUGCUCAAUGUCGUCUGGGCUUUCUCUGGUGAUGGUCGAUUAGAAUCACGAGCGGACCUUGGACAACAUCUUCAACUCCAAUCAGGUGUGGAAAUGCCCCCUCUGACCAUCGGAGGCUCACUGAUCGAUUUCGAUGUCGACGUAGGUUCUGGUGCUUGGAUAUCAUGGGAGUCAAGAGUACCCACUGUCGAAGUGGAAACUCACGCAAUCACUGCUUCAGACAUUGUUAUACCCACCAUCGAUACCGUGCGACAUGAAGAAGUCCUCUAUAGCUGGUUAGCCGAACACAAACCAUUGAUCCUCUGUGGUCCACCUGGUUCCGGUAAGACCAUGACACUAUUCAGUGCGCUCCGUAAAUUACCAGAUCUCGAAGUGGUCGGACUCAAUUUUUCAAGUGCCACCACACCUGAACUAGUGCUAAAGACAUUUGAACAAUAUUGUGAAUAUCGAAAAACUCCCAAUGGGGUCAUACUCUCUCCUACUCAGAUCGGACGUUGGUUGGUCGUCUUUUGCGAUGAAAUCAAUCUUCCCUCGGUGGACAAAUACGGAACUCAGAGAGUCAUUUCGUUCCUCCGUCAACUCAUUGAGAACAACGGUUUCUGGCGUACAUCAGAUUUGUCAUGGGUAACCAUGGAAAGGAUUCAAUUUGUUGGAGCUUGUAAUCCUCCCACUGAUCCAGGUCGUGUACCUCUCAGUCAUAGAUUCCUUCGACAUGCACCUGUCGUGCUCGUUGACUACCCAGGUGAAACAUCUCUCAAGCAAAUCUAUGGAACGUUCAACAGAGCACUUCUCAAGGUCAUCCCUACCCUCCGAGGACACGCAGAAGCGCUCACGAGUGCGAUGGUCGGUUUAUAUCGUGCUUCCCAAACUAGAUUCACUGCCGAUAUUCAAGCACAUUACAUUUACAGUCCUCGUGAACUCACCCGAUGGAGCAGAGGGAUAUUCGAAGCUAUUAAGCCUCUCGAGACCCUUUCAGUCGAAGGACUCAUCCGUGUUUGGGCUCAUGAGGCUUUGCGCUUGUUCCAAGAUAGACUUGUCUCUGAGGAAGAGAAGAAAUGGACGGAUGAAAUGAUAGAUUCGACUGCCCGAGAACAUUUCAACAAUGUCGAUCUCAAAGAGGCAUUAUCGAGACCAAUUUUGUACUCGAACUGGACUUCAAGACAUUAUAUCCCUGUGGACCGAGAUCAACUUCGUGAAUACACAAAGGCGCGCUUGCGAGUGUUUCACGAGGAAGAAUUGGACGUUCCUCUUGUCCUUUUCAAUGAUGUUCUAGACCAUGUCCUUCGUAUCGAUCGAGUGUUUAGGCAAAUACAAGGUCAUCUUCUUCUUAUUGGUGUUAGUGGAGGAGGAAAAACGACCUUGUCUCGUUUCGUGGCGUGGAUGAACGGUCUGAGCAUCUUCCAAAUUAAAGUCUCCAACAAAUACACUGGAGCUGAUUUCGAUGAAGAUCUACGUACUGUCCUUCGUCGAGCAGGCUGCAAAGGGGAGAAAAUAUGUUUUAUAAUGGACGAAUCCAACGUUCUCGAUUCUGGUUUCCUCGAACGGAUGAACACUCUUCUCGCCAAUGCCGAAGUACCGGGAUUGUUCGAAGGUGACGAACAUGCUGCACUCAUGACUGCCUGCAAAGAAGGUUCUCAGCGUGAUGGCUUGAUGCUCGACUCGCACGAAGAAUUAUAUCGAUGGUUCACCCAGCAAGUCGCCCGUAAUUUACACGUCGUCUUCACUAUGAAUCCCCCCGCGAAUGGCUUGGCUUCAAGAGCGGCAACGUCUCCGGCAUUAUUCAAUCGAUGUGUUUUGGAUUGGUUUGGGGAUUGGUCUGAUCAGGCUUUAUAUCAAGUUGGAUGGGAGUUUACACAAACGCUGGAUCUAGAUGUGGCAUCGUAUAACCCUCCAAUCCCUUUCCCUGCGGUCUAUAGGGAAUUACCUCGGAACCCUUCGCAUCGAUCAGCUGUUGUCAACGCUAUGGUCUUCGUACAUCAGUCCAUGCGAGCUAUCACGUCACGACUGGCUAAGUCGCAAGGGAAAUAUAAUCAUAUCACCCCUCGACAUUUCCUUGAUUUUAUCAACCAUUAUGUGAGGUUGUUCAACGAAAAGAAAGAAGAGCUGGAAGAACAGCAAAGACAUUUGAAUGUCGGUCUUGACAAACUACGCGACACAGUCAGUCAAGUGGAAGAGCUACGAACAAGUCUUGCGGCGAAAUCAAAGCAACUCGAAGCAAAGAAUGCCGAGGCCAACCUAAAAUUGAGACAGAUGGUUUCUGACCAACAAGAGGCCGAAGCUAAGAAAGCUGCUUCUAUCGAAAUACGCGCCGCGCUCGAACAGCAGGACGCUUAUAUCAAAGAGCGAUCACAGAUUGUCAAGGAAGAUCUAGCACAAGCUGAGCCAGCGGUAUUGGAAGCUCUCGCGGCGGUUGGUAAUAUCAAAAAACAACAUUUGUCAGAAGUACGUUCGAUGGCGAAUCCACCUGAAGCUGUCAAAUUGGCUAUGGAAUCUGCUUGUUCUGUCUUAGGUCACCAGAUCGAUAGUUGGAAAACUGUACAGAGUAUCAUCCGUCGUGAUGAUUUCAUCUCGAGUAUUCAGAAUUUCGACACGAAGAAAAUGUCCAAAGGUGUGCGAGACAGAAUGAUGCGAGAUUAUGUCAGCAAGCCCGCUUUCAACUACGAAACCGUCAACCGUGCUAGUCGAGCUUGUGGACCACUCGUCCAAUGGGUCAUCGCCCAAGUACGCUUCUCCGAGAUUCUGGAUAAAGUUGCUCCACUCCGUAAUGAAGUGGCAUCUUUGGAGAACCAGGCGGAGACGACCAAACAGCAAGCUAAAGUCGUCGAGGAUACCGUAGCCGAGUUGGAAGCUAGCAUCGCUAGAUAUAAAGAGGAGUAUGCGUUGUUAAUCAGUGAAACCCAAGCUAUCAAAUCAGAAAUGGAUCGCGUACAAACCAGGGUAGAUCGAUCAAUGACUCUCCUUCAGAGUCUAUCGUCGGAACAGCAACGGUGGGACAGUGGAAGCAAGACUUUCGAGGCUGAAAUGAGCACCAUCGUCGGUGAUGUUCUUGUCUCGGCAGCCUUCUUGGCAUAUAGUGGUUUCUUCGAUCAACGUUAUCGUGAUACUAUGCGAACGGAAUGGUCUGAACAUCUUUCCGAAGCUGGUAUAGCUUACAAAUCCGAUCUCGCCCUCGCGGAAUUCUUGUCGACCGCAGAUCAAAGACUCGGCUGGCAAUCCAAUGCUUUACCCGCCGAUAGUCUUUGUGUCGAGAACGCUGUCAUGCUCAAACGAUAUCAACGUUAUCCUCUCAUUGUCGAUCCCACCGGCCAAGCUGCUACAUUCCUGCAAAACGAAUAUCGGGAACGUAAGAUGACAGUGACGAGUUUCCAUGAUGAAUCAUUCUUGAAGAACCUUGAGAGUGCAUUACGUUUCGGUAACCCUUUGCUCAUUCAAGAUGUUGAGAACCUCGAUCCGAUCCUCAACUCUGUUCUCAAUCGAGAAUUACGUCGGACGGGUGGUAGAGUCCUCAUACGUAUCGGUAAUCAAGAUAUUGACUUUUCUCCUUCCUUCACCAUGUUCCUGUCUACUCGAGAUCCUUCCGUGGAUUUCCCUCCAGAUAUCUGUAGUAGAGUCACCUUUGUCAACUUUACCAUGACGCGAAGUAGUCUACAAACACAAGCUCUGGAUAAAGUCUUGCGUGCAGAGCGUCCGGAAAUUGAUCAGAAACGACAAGAUCUAAUGAAGCUUCAAGGCGAGUUCCGUUUACGUCUUCGUCAUUUGGAGAAAUCGCUCUUGCAGGCUUUGAACGAGUCGGAGGGGAGUAUAUUGGAUGAUGAUAAGGUCAUUGGAACUUUAGAGACUCUCAAAAAGGAAGCAGCGGAGAUUGGGAGGAAAGUUGAAGAUACGGAAACGGUCAUGAUGGAAGUAGAUGCUGUCACUUCGGAAUACCUUCCCUUGGCUCAAGCUUGUAGUGGGAUAUACUUUACCCUGGAGCAACUCGCUACGAUCAACCAUUUCUACCAGUUCUCCCUCGACUUCUUUUUGGAAAUCUUCGACUCUGUGUUGUUGCAGAAUCCAAACCUCAAGGGCGUAUCGGAUGCGGCCUCAAGAAGGGAAACCCUUUUCAAAGAUCUCUUCCUUAUGGCGUAUAAACGAACGUCGAGGGCGUUGUUACAUACCGAUUAUCUGGUUUUCACUGCUACUCUCGCCAAGCUCCGACUACGCGGGGAAGAACUUGCCGUGGUGUCAGAUGAAUUGGACGCUUUGCUGGAUGUUCCCGCUGGAAUCGACAGGACCUCUUUGAAAUUGAGUGGGGAGCAACGUCGUGUGUUGGAAAGUCAUCUCGGACUCAAUGUGGUCAAAACGCUAGAAGAGGAUCUGUCGGCAAAUCCGAACGAAUGGCAUUCUUUCAUUACCGAUGCCAAACCUGAGAAGAACGUUCCUUGGCCGUGGGCACCUGCGAAUGGUAUAACCACAUCUGCUCGCAAGGUCAUACUCAUCAAGCUCUUCCGUCCAGACCGUCUUUUGCAGGCUUUGUCAAUGUUCGUCGAUCAAGCUUUCGAUAUCGAUCUCGCCAGUCAGAGCGAAACUGAACUGCGGAAGAUCGUCCUGGAAGAAAUCACACCUUCUCAUCCGGUCGCUUUGACCUCUGUACCAGGUUACGACGCAAGUUAUCGUGUUGAUAAUCUGUGUAAAGUCGUCGGCGUAUCUUGUACCCCAGUAGCCAUGGGUUCCGUGGAAGGUUUCAGUCUUGCCGAUCAGGCCAUCGCCAAUGCCGCACGUACAGGUUCAUGGGUAUUAUUAAAGAAUGUUCAUCUAUCUCCAGCAUGGCUCAGUCAAUUGGAAAAACGACUACAUAGUCUUACUCCUCAUCCUUCUUUCCGACUUUUCUUGACAAUGGAGACGAGCCCGGUCAUCCCAGUCAACAUCUUACGACAAUCGAGAAUCAUAAUGAAUGAACCUCCUCCCGGUGUCCGUGCCAAUCUUCUAGACAGUCUGCAGUCUCUUCCGCAAUCUCGACUUUCUUCUGGACCAGCUGAAAAACCUCGAUUGUUCUUCCUCCUCGCAUGGUUCCAUGCUGUUGUACAAGAACGUUUACGAUACCUUCCUCUUGGUUGGAGCAAGGCUUACGAGUUCAACGAUUCUGAUUUCGACGCUGCGUUGGGUACGAUCGACACUUGGUUGGGAUCUUUGGCAAAGGGAAAGGCUAAUGUUGAUCCGGCUCAAAUACCUUGGAUCGCCUUGCGAACUCUUAUCAAACAGGCUGUAUAUGGAGGAAGGGUAGAUUCGGAUUUCGAUCAGAGGAUCGUUGAUGCGUUUGUGGAUCGGAUCUUCAGUCCAAAGGCUUAUGAUGCUGAUUUCAUGUUGGUAGAUCGGGCAGAGGGAGGAUUGGCAGGACCUGAAGGAACACAGAUACAGCAGUAUAUCAAAUGGACGCAGGCGUUACCGGAGAGGGAACCACCUGCUUGGCUUGCGUUGCCUGGUUCGGCUGAAGGUUUGGUAGCUGUUGCAGAAGGUGAGGGAGUUAUGAACAAACUUCGAAAGAUGCGUACUCUCGACGAUGAAGAUGAUGGUUCAUCCUCACCCACCUCCACCUUGGCAGGUAGACCAGGAUGGAUGACCACUCUCAAAUCUCAUGCACAAGAAUGGCUUCAGAAUUUACCUGAAACCCUUUCCACUCCGAGCGAUAAGAAUAGUCCAUUGGCUAGAUUAUUCGUACGUGAAGCGGCAAGGGGAAAGAGUUUGUUAAGUCGGAUCCGUCGUGAUUUGAAUGAAUUGAUUGGAGUCUGUGAUGGAACUUUGAAACAGACAAACGAACUUCGUACUCUUAUUUCGGAUCUAAACACCGAAGGUACCGUACCAACUCACUGGAGGAAAUUCAAGAUGCCAUCUGGAACACCUGUUCAGAUUUUCGUAUCUGAUCUUCGAGCGAGGUUGCAACAACUGCAAAAUAUCGCUAUUGGGGUUCAGAAAGGAGGUGUAUGGUUGGGAGGUUUAUUCCAGCCCGAAGCGUAUAUAACAGCUACUAGACAGACUGUGGCGCAUGCGCAAGGAUGGUCUUUGGAACAAUUGGUCAUGCGUUUGGAAGUGGAGGUGGAGGGUGGUGAGAAUAGUUUUGCUGUUGAAGGAUUAAAACUCGAAGGUGCGGGAUGGAAAGAAGGCAAGUUGACAUUGAACGACGGAGAAUCAACAUCAUUAGGGACAUGUCAAAUACGUUGGUAUAAAAUCAACACUCUACCGAAUUUGGAGACAAGUGUCAACAUACCUGUUUAUCUCAACAAGGAGAGGAAAGACGUUUUGUUCUCUGUGGAUUUAUCCACCACUGGUUUAUCUCAAGCUAUCGUAGCUCAACAAGGAGUGUGCAUAACGAAUAUUUGA